UUUAGCAUUGGAGAUGAAAGUUGAGGUAAAAUGUCAAAUUUUCAUUUGUUUUAGCCACAUAGGAAUCACCCCCAAUAAAAAAAUAUUAAUAAGACAUCCACAUAGGAUGACUUCCACCCUUAGCAUUGCAGAUGCUCUUAGAGGAUGCUCUUGAAUUGUUGGACCCGAUAAUGGAAUUACAAGCUGAGGUUGAUAAGGUUAACGAAGAGGAGUAUGAUCGCAAGUUCAAAAUAAAGGAGAAAUGCAAGGAGACACUGCGAUGGGAUGAGAAUCUGGGGUGUCUUCGACACCCUUGCAUCACUUCAUCACAGAAAUCUCUAUUGCAGGAGAGAAGUGAAAUUGUCAAAACACUUCCUCGGUUCUGGUCGACUGUGUUAUCUGCUGACCAGGGGCCUCUGAGAUACAUGAAUGAAGAAGAACAAGAGAUAAUGUUGAAGUAUCUAAAGUCUGUGGAUGUAUUCUAUGAGGAUGGUGAGAAAUCUGGGUUCACGAUUUUUUUGCACAUGGAUAUAAAUCCGUACUUCGGCAAUUCAACUCUGAUAAGACAUUCAACUUCAACCGUGAAGGAAUCCAUAGUAAAGGAGGCACUGCAAUCAGGUGGAAGAAUGAGGACAUUGAGGUUUUUCCUGAAAAGGGGGGCACGCAGUCGCAUACUGACAUGCCUAGGUUAUGAAAGUUCUGAGGAAAUCCUUAUUGGAGUAUCUUCUAUUUUCUUUUUGUUACUUAUGUUAGAGUUAAAGUCCAACAUAUAAUAGCAUUAGGGUUGGCAAACUACUGCCUGGGCAUUCUAUGCUUGAGGUAGUGAAAUAUGGGUGCGGAUACUUUCUCUCCAAUAUUAGGGUUGGCAAACUACUGCCUGCAUAAUUCUUCAGGCUACUAUACCUGUAUGUAUUCUUAGUUUUAGCUGCCUGGUUGCAUGAUUCAGUAGUUCACUAAACUGUUAUGUCUUAGAGGAUGGUACAUGGGAACACUGUAUGGUAAUGUCUAUAAACAUUUGACCUUUGACUUUCUUUGAAGAAAUUUUGCUGUACUGAUGCUCGUCCUUCGUAUGCUCUUAUGAUCACAGCUUCUUUAAAUGGUAGGAAGCAGAGUCACACAAUUCUGAUAGUUGUUCACUUAGCCAGCUUUUACAUCCUUCAGGUGGCUGAAGAAAUUUUGCAGGAAUUUUGGCCGAAUGCACAUAAAUAUUAU